UUCUUUACCUUUGUCUUUGUUUGAUUGUUUUUGUCAAUGAUGCUCCUUUGUCACGAAACAGUCCAUAACAUGGUAGUUUGAUAUAAUUUUCUCAACACAUGAGAAAAACAGACUGGAUGCCUCCAGCAUUUUUACAACGACAGAAAGGGGGAAAAUUACAGAUCGCGUCACUGACGAGACUCAUUCGCGUUUAAUUUUUCCUAUGAUUUGUUGAUCUUUCUGAGAAUCAGAUACAGAUCAUCGUCUUUUGAUUGCGCUUUUAUUCAAGAUGGGCUAUGAAGAAUACCUCAACAUAACUGUACUGCAAGAGAAUAAACCUGUGACCUACAAAUCCAUGGCUCGAUCGUUAGGCAUUCACGUUAAUAAGGCUAAACAGGCUCUUUAUGAAUUCUCAAAGCAACAUUCUAAUGUUCAUGCCGUGUAUUGUUUGACUGGAACGACGCUCGAUAAUCAGUUUAAAAUACAAUUAGUCAAAGAUGCCGAUGUCGAAGGUACUGACGAAAAAGGUUGGACUUAGGGAAAGCAGUAGAAGCAUUAACUCAUAUCACUUGCUUCUUUUGCUGCUAUUAUUAGAGGCACAAAAGAAAUACAAAA